AUGGGCUAUUGGUUGAUAAUCGCGGUCGUGAUGGCCGUGCUAGCAGUGGUCUACCACCGAGCCACUCGCAGCUUCUGCUUCUUCGAGAAACGUGGGAUUCCAUAUGUGAAACCGGUGCCGUUUUUAGGAAACUUGUGGGAGGUGUUCCUUCGACAAAUUUCGUUCGCUGAGCUCGCAGAAAAAUUGUACAAUGUAUAUCCCGAGUCAAAGUACGUCGGUUUCUUCGAGUUUAGUACGCCCUUGCUCGUGAUUCGAGACCUCGACCUGAUCAAGUCCAUCACCAUGAAGAAUUUCGACCACUUUCCAAACCAUAAAAUGGCUUUCAACCCGGACGUGGAGCCGCUCUUCUCGAAGAACCUCUUUUCCCUGUGCAACGAAAGAUGGAGGGAAGUACGGACCAUAUUGACACCAGCCUUCACGUCCAGCAAGAUGAAGUCCAUGUUCGCGUUGAUGCGCGACUGUGCCAAAGAGUACGGCGAUUAUUUCGCUUCCUUGUCCGCCGACCAGUCGAGAGAGUUCGAGCUGAAAGACGCGUUCACCAGGUACACUAAUGACGUGAUCGCCACUUGCGCGUUCGGCAUUGACGUCAACUCGAUGAGGAAUCCGAAGAACACGUUCUACGUGUAUGGCAGAGAGGCAACUAACUUUGGAAAAUCGAAAGCCCUCAGGUUUUUCGCGGCGAGAUAUUUCCCGUGGUUAUGUCGAUUGUUCGGUAUCAAGAUAUUCGAGCAGAAGUUCACCGACUUCUUCAAGGAUGUAAUAGCCAGCACGAUAAAGGCCCGAGACGCGAACGGCAUCGUUCGUCCGGACAUGAUUCAACUGAUGAUGGAAACCAGAGGGAAAUUAGGCCCAGGAAAGGAGUUGACCAUCGAGGAGAUGACCGCUCAGGCGUUCAACUUCUUCUUCGGUGGACUCGAGAGCGUCGCCACUCUCGUCUGCUUCGCCGCUUACAUGGUCGGCAUCGGCGACGAGGUGCAGAAAAAAUUGCAAAACGAGAUCGAUAAAGUUUUCGAGGAUUGCAACGGCCAGGUCACGUACGAGGCCAUCAACAGCAUGAAGUAUCUGGAGGCUGUCAUCCUCGAGAGUCUUCGGAUGUUCCCGAUCGCUCUCUUUACCGACAGAGUCUGCGUGAAACCGUUCGAACUGCCUCCACGUGUGCCAGGAGCGAAACCGUACGUCGUGCAACGAGACGAUUGCGUGUGGAUACCGAUCUACGGCAUUCAACACGAUCCGCAAUACUACCCAGAGCCGAAGAAGUUCAAUCCCGACAGAUUCUACGACGAUCCGAAACAAAUGGCCAACUGUCCCUCGUUCCUCUCGUUUGGAGUGGGCCCCAGGAUGUGCAUCGGCAACAAGUUCGCCCUGUUGCAGAUGAAAGUUUUCCUCUUCUAUAUUUUUGCCAAGUGCGACCUUGCACCGUGCGCCAAGUCCUGCAUACCGUUGAAACUUGAAACGAAAAGUUUCGCCAUCAUGCCGGAGGACGGCUUGUGGCUGAAAAUCGAGCCGAGAAAUGCAAAGAAAGCAAUGCCGGAGUAG